AUGGCUGGAGUUUGGUGCAGGACUUUGUACGCUUUCACAGGGGAACAACACCAACAAGGACUGCGGUUCGGGGCCGGAGAGAUCCUGAGGGUUACACAGGUGUUGGAUGGCGGAUGGUGGGAAGGAGAGAAGAAUGGGAUCAGGGGCUGGUUUCCUGCCAGUUACGUCGAAAUAUUAGAGAAACCGGGAUCAAUAAGCCCUCAGACAAUUGAAGAAAUGGCAAAUAUUCCACUCCCACAAGGCUGGCAAUGCUACAUGUCACCACAGGGGCGGAAAUACUAUGUCAAUACCUACACAAAUGAAACAACCUGGGAACGACCAGCAAGUGCUCCUGGGACUCCCAAAACUCCGAUCUCACAGAUGAAUUCCUUGCCGACAGUGAAUGGCUUCCACUCGUCGAGCAAUCUGUCGCACCAGUCUGACACCUCGCACGUGGCACUGAGGAAAACCAGCAGUGAUCCGCAGAGCCCAGGACCCGGGUCACCCACAAGACGACAGAGCAAGGAAAGCAGCAUAACUAUAAACUGCGUUACGUUUCCAAACGCAGAUACAAUGUCUGAACAGCAACUGCUCAAACCGGGGGACUGGAGCUACUGUGACUAUUUCUGGGCAGACCGAAAGGACUCGCAGAGCAACAGCACAAUUGCUGGGUUUGAUAUCAUUCUUGUUAAACAGCUGAAAGGCAAGCAAAUGCAGAAAGAGAUAGCGGAGUUCAUAAGGGAAAGGAUCAAAAUCGAGGAGGACUACGCCAAGAACCUGGCCAAGCUCUCGCAGAGCCCACUGGCGGCCAUGGAGGAAGGCACCCUGGGAGAGUCCUGGGUACAAGUGAAGAAGAGUUUGUCUGAUGAAGCUGAAGUCCAUCUGAAGUUUUCGUCCAAGCUGCAGAGUGAAGUGGAGAAACCUCUGCUGUCGUUUCGGGAGAACUUUAAGAAGGACAUGAAGAAGUUUGACCACCACAUAUCUGACCUCCGCAAACAGCUGGUCAGCCGGUACACGGCGGUGGAGAAGGCUCGGAAAGCCCUGGCCGAGAGACAGAAGGAUCUAGAAUUUAAGACCCAGCAACUGGAGAACAAAUCGAGCAACAAAACCGAGGAAGACAUUAAGAAAGCCAGACGGAAAUCUACACAAGCAGGGGAUGACCUGAUGCGGUGCGUCGACCUCUACAACCAGACGCAGUCCAAGUGGUUCGAGGAGAUGGUCACAACUACUCUGGAGCUCGAGAGACUAGAGGUGGAACGCAUUGAGAUGAUUCGCCAACAUCUCUGUCAAUACACGCAACUCCGCCACGAGACCGACAUGUUCAACCAAAGCACUAUUGAACCCGUCGACCAAUUACUCCAGAAGGUUGAUCCCUCCAAAGACAGAGAAUUAUGGGUAAAAGAGAACAAGACUGGACAUAUCCGACCUGCGGACAUGGAAUUGUAGAGAAAGAGGUAGAAAGGGAGAGCGAGAGAGAGCGAGAGAAAGACCUGUUACUGAUUCAUUUUGUUUCACAGGCAUUGACUGAGCAGUGAGUUGUUGUUGGACAUUGUAUAUAUGGAUUGGGUCAAGGAAACAAGGUGCAAUGAUAGCCACAAAACAAGCUCACAACACAGUGCCUUUUGUGUACAUGAAACAAAAAAAAGUAUUGUUAAAUAUUUAGCCAUCCAGUGUCGCCAUUUACGCGGAUUGUUUCUGUGCCAGUUAGGGAGUAUGUUUGUGGAUCGAACUGCCUGUUCACCAGAGAUGGUGGAAAGCUUUCCCUUGCAUGCUAAGCAUGUGUAUAUGAAAGAGUGCUUUAGCUGUCAUUGAUUUCCACGAGCAUUCCCAAAACGUUCCACAUUCCAGUGAGCAUUGUUGUAUCAGGGUUGCCCCGAAGCAAUCCAGGUAUCUUACACACACACACACAAAAAAAGUUUUUUUUUUUUUUUCGGAGAGUCUA